UCGCAACGAAGCGCAACAUCGUCAUCUUGGCCGAAUUUUUCUUUCUUCUCUAUAUUGGGUUUUUCUUCUUUUCUGCUAAGACAGUAUAUUUUAUUUUACAUUUCUUUCCUUUUCCAGCAAGACUUUCCCUCGUAAAGUGCUCUGGUUUUACUAAAGCUUCUUUUCCCCGAGCCCCGAGUAUACAGAGAGCUUAAGUUGGGCAGAAUUUUGCUUGUGCUCUCGUGGGGCUGAUUUCUGCGACAUAGCUACCCGGCACUGAGCUUUGACUUUUGUUCUUUUUUUUUUCCGGGGGUGGAUAGCAAACUCGACACAACAUGGCUUUCGACGACGACGAUAGCCCGCUGGCAGCAGGGCCGGUGUCGGCGGAUGGCGAAGGAAAUGCGCCGACGGCGGAAGAGACUCUCGAGGACGAUAUGCCCGACUAUAAGCUGUUUGCAUCUGCGUUUUCGAAAAAGGGCGUCUCGAGCCAGACGAUCAGAAAGGGCGAGAAAGACUUUGAGGCACACGGGACACGAUCUCAGGACGGCGCGCUGGAAUCGAGUCGCAGAGCGCUGGAGGAUGUCUUGAGCUACACGAGGAUACAUCGGGCCGAUGCGUGGGCCAGAGGCUGGUGUUUCCCAGAUUUCUGGCUGGAUGAGGCGAACGAGGCGAUAGAUUACGAGGGGAUGUGGUUAAAGGACCGAGUGGUGGCCAUGGAACAUGAAAAGGGAGGCUGGAUGAAGGAUAUAGGAAGAGUGGCCUCUGGAAAUAAAGACCAGCUCGGCGUGGGGAGGUUAUGGCUGCUCCCCGAGGAAGCCAUCUACCUGGUUGAGAGAGGCACCGUGGAUCUGUGGUGGCCGUAUACGGACUUUGAGACCCUUCUGCCCAAGGGCAGUACUGCUGGAGGACAGUCUCGACCUGGCUUUGGCCCUGAUGAUUAUGACGUUGGGUUGCCGCUGAGUCUUGAAGCCGCCUAUUCGCUCUUCAUUGGCUACGAGGGCGAGCAGGGCAAGACAACGCUACCCAAGUAUCAAGUCUACACCCAUUUGAAGCGCGCAGGGUUUAACAUCCUUCGUGCGCCACUGGAGCAGCCAAUAACAGAAUCCACAGAACCUUCGCAGACACUCUGGCAAUGGCUCUUCUCCUUUGUCAAAUGGGAAUCAGGGCAGGAUAGGAUACAGCGGCACCAGCCCUUCGGUCCCCUGGUCGCCCCAGGACUUUACCGGGCUUAUCGGCCUAUAUACCAGCAACUAGCUCUUCUUCCACGACACAAACCUCUCCCUGUACCGCCAAAUCCGUCUAAGCCAGAGGAUCCAUUCAGGGUACACUUUCAUGUAUGGAAGCCUGGCGCGGGAGGCUUCUCCAAGAAGAACCCUCCACCACCCGACUUUCGCAUCGCGGUUGCCGACACGGCUGACUCAUGUCUGCCCACGCUGGAGCAAAUCGAAACGCUGCUCGAGUCUACGCCGUAUGAUCCUGCACCCGAAGCCUGGCGGGGGCAACCGGGGAAACUGUACCAACGACUGAAACACGGCCACAGAAAUGUAAUCGUGGCUGUAGUGGAUAGGGGAUUAGUAAAUUUUAUGAGGUUUGGAGAGGGCGCGUUCGGGGAAGAGAAGCUGUUUGAACGAUUUGACAAUAGAGGCGCUGGGAGGGGAGGAAAGAAGGGCGGUCGCGGAGGGGCCCGCGGUCGAGGCAGAGGGAGAGGGCGUGGAAGAGGAGGACGAUGAUUAAACAAUUUACUACUACUAGUCGAUUUUGUUAAAGGGGGUUGGUUCAUGGAAGGAUUCUACAACAGGAGUUUCGCGAGUGCCAAGGUUUUCAAUUCAAUCUAUGAGAGACGGGUUUCAGGGAAGGGGGAACUACUGCCUAGAUAUACUAUUUACGCUUUGCAUACGAGGUUAACUGGUGUUUUGAGACCACCCAACUCUUUGGGCUCCGUGUCUGGGGGUGGGUGAGGUCGUCGGUUAAAUUGGCAGUUUGUGCCAAAGACCGACAGGAUUUUCUUCCUUACUUACCCCUUGGUUGAAUUAUAAGUUAUUAAUGAUAGCAUAAACCUUUAUUCCUUCUCGGUAUUCGGCG